CUGUGCUGGAUCACAAGAUCAACAAGGACAAGGCUGUUUGUUCCUCUCCACCCUCCACCUCCCCCAACCCCAACCUCAACCAGAUCAAUCUGCCUGCCCCAAAGGGCGAGAAAUUGUGGGACGUAUUCACAAGACCACCACAGGUUUCUGGAGCCUGGUAUUGUUUGUCCUAUCUCCAUAUUCUUCCUUCAUACCUUCUGGCAGAGAAGGUUUUAUCUAGCCAAUGGCUGUCACAGAGUUGGCCACACUUGGGUAUGUUCAGACCAUAAUCCUCUGUAUCUCACUGCUGCUUCGUUGGGGUCAGGCGAGUCCAAUUCCGUCCCUUGAGGAGCCCCGGUCAUUUUCAGGAGCUGUUGGGGCAGCGGAUCCAUCUCUGCUGGACCAAGAUGAAAAUGUGGAUGUUCAGGCAUUGCUGGGCCAGUUCCUCUACAUGUUAAACUUGACCGAGCAAGGGCCAGCACCAAGGCCUCAGGCUGCUCACGUCGAGCCACCAGAGUACAUGCUGGAACUGUACAACCACUAUGCUAAUGACCGCAGCACCAUGCCUGCAGCCAAUAUUGCACGCAGUUUCAAGAACGAAGACUCCUCCCCCCACAGUGUGACAAGCCAAGGUGUGAGGACAUACCCGCUUAUGUUCAACAUUUCUGUCCCAAGUCACGAACGCAUUAUUGCAGCUGAGCUCCGCCUCUACUUGCUGGUCCAUCGAGAUCCUCGUCUCUAUGGUGAUGUUGACUGGAAGGUCACCGUCUUUGAGGUGCAAAAGGAUGAAGAUGGGGACAGUGGCAAAAAGGAGACCAACAUCAUCGGAAUGGAUGAGCUUGUGGCGAGGCAUGGCCACCGCAAAGACAGCGGAUGGGAGGUGUUUGUUCUGACAGAUGCUGUUCAGCGCUGGAGAAAGUUUAAGAGCACGAGCCACUGGCUAGAGCUCCAUGUUGAAAGCAUGAAUAAUGCAGCCAUUGAGAGCCAGUUGCAGAAUAAAGAUGAGAGAGAAGGCACUUUAAUUGACCUGGACAUUGACAGGAGACCAGAAGGAAAGCAUGAACCAGUGCUAAUUGUCUUCUCAGAUAAAGAGAAUGAAAACCAUCAGGAUCAGCCAAGGCAGAUAGGGGAGAGGAUCACAGAGGGGCAUAAUAACCCGCCAAAUCUUAAUGGACUGUGGGUAGAUGAAAAAGAGGAGAAUGGGAAACAACAGGACGAGACCCUUCUAAUGCAAAUGCGGUCCAAAGUGAUCUACGAUAAUGCCCCCAGAACCCGUCGCAAUGCCAAGGGGAGCCACUGCAAGCGAACUUCGCUCUAUGUGGAAUUUAAGGACAUAGGCUGGGACUCGUGGAUUCUGGCCCCACCUGGCUUUGAGGCUUACACGUGCCAAGGGGUGUGCACUUAUCCGAUGCCUCCACAAGUGACGCCCACCAAGCAUGCUAUAAUCCAAACACUGGUCAAUUUAAAAAGCCCUCAGAAGGUCUCGCAAGCUUGCUGUGUGCCCACCAAGCUGGAACCGAUCUCACUUCUGUAUAUAAAUGAAAACGGCCAUGUUAUUUUCCAGCACAAAUACGAAGGUAUGGUUGUGGCAGAGUGCGGUUGCAGAUAGUUUCACAGCCAAAGACACAUGAACUCUCUCCUGAAUCAAAGCUGAGAUCAAGUGAUAAGAUAUGAUCAAGUGAAUGAUGCGUAUCAAAAGAACAUCACGGCAUAAUAAACAAUGAUGUUGCCUUUGUGUGAUAAUUAACAAGUUAUCUAGCAACUCUAAUUAAAAGUGUAAUAAAAAAAAGACAUGCAGUAGCUCAGUAGCAUGCUGCUAUAUGAAAUAUCCAAACACUAUCAUGGAAUUAAAGGAAUGCAAUGGAUCUGCUAUUUGUAAA